UGUGGUAUUAUGAUAUCAUGCUGUUCUGUGGCACACAUGUCAUCCAGUCAGGUGACACUGUCAGACUGAGUGUGUUAGUCUGUCUGAUCCCAAAGGACAGUGAGCCAUGUUCAAGCUGAUAUUCUGCCUGGUGUGUGCGAGUGUGACCGUCUCUCCUUCUUCGAGCUGUUUACAGUGUUUCGUCGAUCCAAAUGACGCAGUUCGCAUGUGCUGGGGCUACAUCAUUAUCGAGCAUGACGUCCGUAACAUUGGUGAAUGCAUGAGGAUGGUGGACCGCAUAUUCAACCACAACAAGACUGUCAUGGAUGCAGGAAGAGUCGGGAGAGGCCAUGACCAAAAACUCAAGGAUAUCAUGCUGGCACAAAUCAUGCCAAUGGUGGAGGAGUUCGACCAGAAGACUCACGAUGAGAACGUGUAUGAGGCCAGACUGAGGGCAGCGGCAGAACACUUCAUCGCUCAAGCCUCACAAUUGCCCAGAGCAUCAGGAUGCGUUCCCCCUUGUGGUUUCCAGGUGGAAGGCUCGGUGUACAGCUGCCGCGGCUGCCAGUAUGAGUCGUGCGAGUACCCUCUGGACUGCCCAGGUGAGGGAUGAGAGGCCAGUCACGGCUCAGACACGUCCCAGUCACGGCUCAGCUCGUCUCCUGUCUGCUCUGCUCUGCCUCUACCCACCUCAGUCACAUGGUGUCUCUUCCUCAAAGCCACGGGGGGAAUCACUGAGCUCUGAAGUGACUGUCUUGACGU